AUGGCAGAUCAGGAUUUAAGCACAGGUACUUGCUGUGAUCACAGUAUUACUUGGAACUAUGGCGAUAGAGUGCCCAGCAGUAAGUCGCUCCCCGAUAAAGAUAAGACGAAGACUGUACGAUGGUCUUACGGUAAAGGAACUUUCGAGGACCCCAAGGUUCGGUUUUGGCGCCAUUUCCUCUAUGAACUCGACAGCACAGACGCCACAGAUGAACAGAAAGCCUUGUCCAGAGAGUUUCAUGACUUGUUACCGGAGGAAAAGUUAGUGGUCAGAAAGAAUAUUGCAGUCGCACAUGCGGCAGCCAAAGCAUGCGGCUUUCCUCAUGUCACAAUCCAUGGAGCCGCGCAUAACACACGGCUGAUUUACCGUAAUGGUAAGCGAGUCAAAGCUGGCAAAGGCUUUCUCACGAUGCCUUCAGAUGUCCAUUUGACCUUGAGAUUCUCGAUGGAUGAAGAAAAUUACAAUGUCAGCGGACACGUCUUCGUCACGUCCAAGGAAGUCUUAGUUCCCAUGACAGGGCUUGACAAGAACAAAAAGGUCUUGGUCCCGUUGAAAAUUAUGGAAGAUGGUAAGCGUGAUCCCAAACUGACCGUAGAUGGCGACGACAGAAUUUACGAGCUGUGGGUGGCCGACAACGAGACAGCUAAGUUGAUGGAGGCCCUUGAAGCACAGUACGCUGCCAAGCCUGUACCAUCGGCACCCUCAAAGGCUCGACCUCAUAAUGCUCGAAAGUCAUCGUUGGGAAAGCCCAAAAGCACAAACAAGAAAAGGCGUCAAGAUAGAAAGGUCCGAAAGAGAAAUGGCAAAGCCUAG